CAUUUGGAGUUUUCUGGAAGGGUAAUUUUCUCAAUUAAGAUUCCCUCUACCUAAAUAUAUCUAGGUUUGAGUCAAGUUGACAAAAAAGUCCACACAUGCAUAUUUAACCAGGAAGAAAGAUAGAGCAAGUAAAUGCUAGUCAUUCUUUUUACAUGAUGAUAGAAAGUAGAGGACAAAGUAGCCCAUACAGGAAGAUAUUUCCAUAAGUGGUCCUUCAGUUGCUCUAUAGCAUCUAAAGAGUAUCAGUUGUAUUUCUAAAUGAACCAGUCUAAUUUGAAUAUCUGUCCAUUUGUAUAUAUUAUAUAAAUUACAAACAUUUAAUGCCUAAUAAGUACUUUGUGUUUAUUAGAAACUCCCCUCCCCCAUGAAUCCACAGUUUAUACCCACAGAGUCCUUUUGAUGUGGUUCCAUUAGACAAAACACAAAUAUUUACAAUGAAGUAAGGAAGGUUGGGCAUGUCCAGGCAUGAUGAAGUGUUGAAGGACCUUGGACACUGACAGACUUAAGGCAAGAGCCCACAAUCUGAGGUUCAUAGACUAGGUGGAGGCCAUGGAGAACAUGGGACCUAAAACCCAAACCUGAGAGUGGUGUUGGGUAGUGAGAGCAGAUGUUAUCAUUCAUGGGUGGUGUAGCGUAGUAAGGAGGGGCCUCUUUUAGAGCGUCUCUUUUUAUUCAGACACAGAGGUACUAUGAGAGCACAGACAAGAGUAGAGAGCAGAGUGAGGUCAGGCCUGAGUGAGGAGCUGGGCUAUAGGGUGAGGUCAGGCCUGAGUGAGGAGCUGGGCUAUAGGAUGAGGUCAGGCCUGAGUGAGGAGCUGGGCUACAGGGUGAGGUCAGGCCUGAGUGAGGAGCUGGGCUAUAGAGUGAGGUCAGGCCUGAGUGAGGAGCUGGGCUACAGGGUGAGGUCAGGCCUGAGUGAGGAGCUGGGCUAUAGGGUGAGGUCAGGCCUGAGUGAGGAGGUGGGCUAUAGGGUGAGGUCAGGCCUGAGUGAGGAGCUGGGCUAUAGGGUGAGGUCAGGCCUGAGUGAGGAGCUGGGCUAUAGAGUGAGGUCAGGCCUGAGUGAGGAGGUGGGCUAUAGGGUGAGGUCAGGCCUGAGUGAGGAACUGGGCUAUAGGGUGAGGUCAGGCCUGAGUGAGGAGGUGGGCUAUAGGGUGAGGUCAGGCCUGAGUGAGGAACUGGGCUAUAGGGUGAGGUCAGGCCUGAGUGAGGAGGUGGGCUAUAGGGUGAGGUCAGGCCUGAGUGAGGAGGUGGGCUAUAGGGUGAGGUCAGGCCUGAGUGAGGAGGUGGGCUAUAGGGUGAGGUCAACCCUGAGUGAGGAGGUGGGCUAUAGGGUGAGGUCAGGCCUGAGUGAGGAGGUGGGCUAUAGGGUGAGGUCAGGCCUGAGUGAGGAGCUGGGCUAUAGGGUGAGGUCAGGCCUGAGUGAGGAGCUGGGCUAUAGGGUGAGGUCAGGCCUGAGUGAGGAGCUGGGCUAUAGGGUGAGGUCAACCCUGAGUGAGGAGCUGGGCUAUAGGGUGAGGUCAGGCCUGAGUGAGGAGCUGGGCUAUAGGGUGAGGUCAGGCCUGAGUGAGGAGCUGGGCUACAGAGGACCCAGGUAGACAUGUAAGUUUCAUGACACACAUGGAAGGGUGGCUUUGACAGGGAUAUACUGGAAACAGCCUGUAGACCUGAGCACCCUAAGCUAUGACUGCUUAAAGUAAGAAGGGGGAGUGCACUGGAAAGGCAGCCUGUAUGUCACUUCCACAGCCCUUGGUGGUGGCUGAGCUGUGUCAUGUCCUUUGAGAAGCUGUGGCCUCACUGUCAUUGGGAAUUGUGUUUUAAAAUCCUGACUUGAAAUGAGUCAAGGGGCAGUUAUUCGGAAGGAUAGUCAGUUCCUCUUAGUGCUUGCUUUAAGUGGUAAACUUCUAAACAGAUUAUACUUUAGGCACAUAUGUACUUUUAUAUACACAAAAAGAUGUCACAGGAAAUAUUGCUAAUGACAAGAAAAAUGAUAGAAUUAAGAACCUUUUCAGCAGAAAAAAUUUCAUUUUUAGUCAGCCUUUGUUCAAAGUAUUCUGCAAUGAUAAGAUUCUCAUUUUCUAUUAUUUGAUUUCUUCUGAAAAUUCCUCCCACUUGCCCCAAAAUUUCUAGGUU